AUUUCUCUACCCCUUUGAUAAUUGUAACAUUUGUUGCGAACUAGUUACGAGUUGGCACUCACUCAGUCAAUCUAACCUCGUGGGUGAACACACUGAAUAAAUUAUCUACUGCGGGCGCGUGUAUGUUGAAUCUCAUCAUGCCCCGCAUCUGGCGGGCCGGAAAGGUUUGAAAACCGUUCGAUCAAAUCCAUCAAAAUCCAAUGGCUCAAAGUAGCUGAAGAUAUAACUUCCUGCUCUUCAGUAGUUCAGUCCUAACCAACCGAUGUUAGUAAAUGACCAAAAAACCCUGCAUAAUACAACAAAGCCGGUCUAACAAUGAGGACAGAUCAGGUAAAAAACACUAGGAUGCUUCGGUUGAGAAGCUGAUAAAGCAUUCAGCUAAGCGCUUUGUCUAAAACAGUUUCAAAUCCGUUUUGCUCCUCCCCUUUCCCUCCAAAUCUCUCCUCCACCGUACCUGAGCACCUCCAUUCGUCACUCUUCUCACUCCAACCGGAGGAGGAGGAGGAGGAAGAGGAGAAGAUCUUCUGUUGCUUCUGAAGAUUGCUUCAGAGAUUCAGAACACUGCUCCUCUGUUAAAUUUCAGAGUAAAAUUGAAGAAAUUGAACCGGAAUUUCGAGAAAAGGUGCAGUAAAACGACGACAGUGGAGAUGCAAAACGACACUUCCUCCACCGCCUAUGGCGGCCACGCCACAUCUGCAAUGCCGAAAUCGCCACUCAAAUCGCAAUCUAGCGCAGACGAUGCCGUGUUCGCUUCCCUCUACUCCGCUAUAUUCGAUAGCAAGCCUUCGGUAAGUCGAUACGACGUCGAAGAAUCGGACCACGACUCGUCUUCAGCUCACCGCCACCGCCAACUCUACCAUUCGAUCCUCGUUCAAGAUCAUCAGGAGAUGGUGAACCGCCACAGCCGCUGCCUCAAGCACCUCCAAGAAACCUCCGAGGAAGCCGACGCGCUCCGUCGCGAGAACGUUCAUCUCCGCUCUCUCAAUCUCGAGCUCAACAAGCACCUCAGUCUACUCAUCCACGCCUCAGUACAGAAAAAAUUCGGUUCCCCUUCCUCUAUGCGGACAACGACGCCGUUUGGGAUCGUAAGCGGACUUGGCGACAUGAGAACUGAUGACAAACGAGCAGAGCAGGACGUGUCCGACGAGAGCCCUACGAGUGUGAUUGAGAGCGAAGGCGGCGACGCCGAGAAUAUUGAUGCGGAGAGGUUUUCGCUGCCUAAGAGCAUUUCUGUGAGGUCUAACGGAUACGUGAAGGCUGCUCAGGCCGCUCAAGCCGGUGCUAGCACUGCCACCCGGACUGGGACCGCCACUACAUUCAAUGCUUCGCAAAAAGUGUUCGUUCCGAUAGGGGUGAAAGAGGAGGAGCCACCGGUGGAAUUGGAAGUUUACAACCAAGGCAUGUUCAAGACAGAGCUGUGCAACAAGUGGCAGGAGGUUGGAGAGUGUCCUUACGGCGAUCACUGCCAGUUUGCACAUGGGAUUGAGGAGCUCCGCCCUGUGAUCCGCCACCCGCGCUACAAGACCAACGUCUGCAGGAUGGUGCUUUCCGGUAUUGUCUGCCCAUACGGUCACCGCUGCCAUUUCCGCCACGCCCUCACCGAGAAUGAGAAGUUGAUGGUUCCAAACAAGCCCAGUCAAAGGCAGUUCAAUCUGGACAGGCAAAGUAAAUAAGUAUGAUGAUGAAGAGCCAAAUGUUUACGUUACAUAUGCCUCCUAUCGGCAGAUAUCGUAUAUAAUGGUAUAUAUCGGGUAUGAAGUAAGUAUAAAUACGGACUUAAACAAAAUAAAAACUAAUUAGUCUCAUAUGAUAUCCUGCGGUAAAUAAUAAAUAUGUUGAGGUAAAAUGUGUAAAGACUCAAUGGCAAUGGUGUGGAAGGCGAAGAAAAAUGGUCUGGAAGGUGAAGAAAAGACGUGGUUUCUACCCAGAGAGAUAUGAGCUCCUAUCUCAUUUUUGUACAAGUUGAUUCGGGUUCAACUAAAUUUGAACAUUUGGAAGUAUCAUCGUAUAUACUUCUUCAUGCAUGAGGUGUUUGGUGUUUCUUCAUAGAUAUGAGCUCUUAAGCCUCUUUUGUUUUUUUAAUAUUGUUAUAUUGUUCCACUAUAAGGAAUGAAUUUUGCACGUUUAUGUAUCUUUUAAAUUGCACAUUCUCUUUGAAUGAAUUUAUUUUGUUGCCCUGCA